AUGGCGGACCACAUCCAUGAUGAGCGGGAGCGCACAAUCAUGCACGACCUCGACGAUGUGAUGGACUCCACCGUCAACUCUCCAUCACAGAGUCACCAAUCUCCCGACAUCCCCCAACACCAGCAACACCAGCAACAGCAGCAACUCGGGCGUCAGAUGCCUCAAGCACCACUUCAGCACCAGCAGCACCAGCAGCAACAACUUCAGCACCAGCAGCAACCAGGACAGCAUCAUCAUCAGCAGCAGCACCAGCACCAGCACCAGCACCAGCACCAGCACCAGCACCACUCACACUCCCAGCAAAACCCAGUCUCGUACAACCCUAGGGGCUUGAUUCCAAACGCACCCCUCUUUUCUCGUCAAGACCUCCAGCGACAGCAGCAACAGCAGCAGCAGCAGAAGCUCUCCGUCCUGCACGAGCAACUCUCCCUCGCUGUCAAGGCAACCGCGGUCAAGGCCACCAAGGCCACCAUUCGAGUUCCGCUUGUCGCAGCGCGCAUCCUCAUCAGCCACGAGUCUCUGCUCCAGAAGUUCCAGCUUCUCACCAACAUCACCUACAUCACGUGCUGCUCAGACCUGGACAGCUGCGACAACCUGGCGGAGCUCCUCGUCAGGGGCACCAAGGACAGCGUGCAGCAUGCGCGCGACGCGCUGCAGCGCCUGGCAGACUCGGUCAAGCUCGAGCACCUGCCCACCACGCCGCCCGUGUCCAGUGCGGUCAUGCACUCAACAUCCCGCCCCACUGCGCCGGCGUCAUCAUCCGCUUCCAGCGGGUCAAAGGGGCUCGGCUCGCUGCAGGAGGAGGGCCACCACUCCGCGUACGGCCAGACAGGCUCCGACGGGUUUGGCCGCCAGUCCUCGUUUGAGGCCGGCUACGGCGGCGCCCCACAGGAGGACAGCCGUCACAACAGCGCCGGCAGCACCCACAGCCUGCCGGGCAUGUCCUCCAACACGGACAUGCGGUACUCUGGCAUGGGCACCAUGUCCUCCUCCGCCAGCGCCUCGCACACGGCGCAGCCGUCGCCCCACCUGUCCCAUCGCACGAGUCCGCACAUGGCAGGCCGGGCCGCCUCUGCCCCGCCCCACAGCCUUGCCUACAUCUUUGUGGACAACAGCAACAUCUUCAUCGGGGCCCAGCUUGAAGGCAGCGUGCGCGACCUCGCCGUCCGCGUCAACAUCCGCGCCCUGUGCGAGAUUAUCGAGGACAACAUGCCCUGCGCCUUCCGCGCCGUCGCCGGCACAAACCCGCACUCUGGCCGCAUCUGGCACGAGUGGGAGAACAACCACUACCGCACCCUGCUGGACCGCAGCGACGCCUCCAUGCACAACGUCAUUGCGGCCAAGAUUGACGAGGUGGCCAACUCGGGCGCCAACCCGCAGACGCUGGUGCUGGCCACGGGCGACGGCAACGAGGUGGAGGGCAACGAGUCCUUCCCGCGCCUGGCCGAACGCGCCAUCCAGCACGGCUGGCGCGUGCGCGUGUGGUCGUGGGAGCAGAGCCUCUCGGGCAAGUUCCGCGACCUCAAGGAGCGCUUCAACGCAUACGUCACCAUCCACUUCCUGGAUCCCUUCAAGGAGCGCAUCACCUUCAAGGCCGGUCAGGGGUCGCGCAGCGUGUCCUCUGGGCCAACCCCAACCCCAUCUGUCAUGAUGGGCCCUGCUGGUGGAGGCAUGCCGCACCGUGGACCCGGUGGCUCGGGCGGGCUCAGCCCAAACAUGCACCGCCGCCACUCGGUCGGCGCCGGCGAAGUCGACGCGGACCCCUUUAUGAUGGGUGCGCGGUUCCGCCGCCCCCGCUUCAACGGCUUCCCGCCAAAUGUCAACGCAGGCAUGAUGCAGGGUUUCCCGCCGCAGCAGCCAAUGGACUUCCAGGCGCCGUACGACAGCGUCUUCCCCUUUGAGCUCUCCCACGGCAUGCGUGACCGGUUUGCGCCACAGCGGCCCAUGCCCCCAGCCCAGCACGCGUUCCCCAUGGCAUCUCAGAACGCGUUCCAGCAGCCGUACCAGCCUCCAGCUGCAGAGGCGGACCGCAGCAGCCAGCCCAGCUCCCGUACCACCAGCGUCUCCAGCUACGGUGGCGCGCGCUCCAGGCUGGCGUCUGCACCCGGCAGCAUCCACGCUGACCGCGAGGCCGUCCUGGCCAAGUACGGCUCUGGCUCUGGAUCCCAGUCUGGCGCUACGCAGCAGCCUCGCUCUGAUGACGCGACCCCAUCAUCAAGCAAUGCUACUGCCGCCUCCAGCGCACACCACCGCGGCUCGUCCUUCAUGGCCCCAAUCCCGGCAGAGCCUUGGAAGGAGGCUGCCAACACGCCACUGGACGAGGGCCAGGAGCAGCCACCCCAGCAGCAACAGCCACCCCAGCAUCAGCAUCAGCAUCAGCAACAACCAAGCCGGACGGCAAACAAUGCUGCACCUGACGCCUCGCUCGCUGCCUCAUUUGCUGCCAUGCCGCUUCCCAGCGAUCAGGCUGUGAGCGGCCUUUCUUCCAACAGCCACUCUAGCUGGUACUCGAGCGAUGUCUGGUGAACGGGUGGGUUUCUACCAGGCGUCACGUGUACACACAAGCGCACUUUGUACACAGCACAUCAACAUAAAAGCGCAACCUCAGCUUUCCCCGCCAUAUCACGGCCCAGCUUUGAUCAUGGCUGCUUCCACCACGCACAACAGCUUUCCACCGACAAGAACCAUCGCGGGGCAUGUGUGUGUGUGUGUUUUUUUUCCUUCUUCGCUCGGUGCCAUCCGCCCUCCGCCUCAGCUCAGGCUCAUGCGGCUGACCCGAGAACUCUCUCGAUCGAUGCUUCAUUCCACCGUCGCCCUUCUUCGGUUGCUUCGUGUGACCCCUGACACCUGGUUUCCUUUGCUCUCGUGUCCUCUGUUUCCCUUCUUUUUUGUCUUUCCCUCGCUUCAACGGCAGUCACAGCCCCUUCCAGCACCAGCGUAUCUGCCCCAAUGCCGCUGGUAGUGCUGAUAUUUUUGUCUCUCCCUUUGCCCCUUCCUGAGCUUUGUUGCUUUCUUUGAUGGCGGAGAACGUGAAGGAGGGGCAUGCACCCCAUCCUUGUUUCGAUUUCGGCUUCUGUCGUGACAGUUGCUGGGCAAAGCGAUGAGCCCCAUUUCGCAUCCUUUUCCUGUGUGUUCUUGUUGUUGCAUUUCAUUCCUUUCACCUCCCGUUUUAUCUUUCUUUUUCUUUCUUUUUCUUUCUUUUUGGCGUUGCUGGUGUACUUGUUGGUUUUCAUUGCGCCAGUGCCUCCUCCCCCUGCGUCUCGUGCUCUAAGCGCUUCGUGUGCAUUUGGCCGUUCCCAGAUGCAUCAAUGGCUCACGCCCCAUAUUUUUUCUCUGUUGUCUUUUUUCCUUUCCCUUGCCAUUUUUUUAACCCACCGCUUUACACGCCGCGUAUUUUGCUGUGCACCUUCGGCUUCCCGACGUUGUCGUUGUCAUUGUCGGGUUGCAGUGCUUAUCAGGUGUAUUUGUUUGUUUCUUCUUUCCCCUCGGGCGACACUAGCUGCGUUAUGCGACGCUUGGGCAUCUCGUUGUGUGUUGUGUCACUGAUGGUCACGCACAUGCAUCGAGCUGCCGCUUAUAUGGCCUCAAAGAAACCCCUUGUACACACGCCUGUUUUUUUUCUUUGCCUACUUCUUGUUUGUUCUUGUUUUUUUUUCUCGUGUUUCCUUGGGCUAGCUUACGUUAGUGCAGACCCGCUCGCGUAUGAUCCUUGUGGCGUAGCGUUGUGAGGGCGCAGUUGCGUGUGCUGUCAUUGAUUUUGACUUUCCCCCUUAUGGCUGGUUUGGCGGGAAGCAGGUCUUGACAUGUGCACGCGUGCGGUUUCUUGCAUGUUGCUGCCGUGCUUCAUUUGCGCCAUAUUCACCUUUGUGACCCACAUUUUUUUCGCUCUCUUCCCUGUUCAGAGGUGUUGUCUCGUCGUGCACGCAGCCAUCGCGUGCCUAUGUGUCGGUGUAUUUUUUUUUCUUUUUGGUUGAAGUUUGUGCACACCCCUCUUGUUGCACAGUGCAGUCGGCUCUUUUGACGCCGCGCUUGCCACCCACCUUCCUCUGUACACUCCCCCCCCCCAUUUCUCUCGGACCACACUGCUACUACCCGUGCGUGUGUGUGUGAGAGAGUGUGUCGGGUUCGAUCCCCCUCAAGCCUAUUGCCAAUGCGACCUAAGAGUGCCCCCCCCUUACCUCUCCAACCAAUACGCUCUGUGGUGGGCUGUUGUGUGAUUGACUGAUCCCUGUCCGGCUCUUUUAAAUCGUAGUACGCUGAUUGAAAUGCUACCCGCUCUAUGCCCCUUUGCUACCUACCUACCUUGCUCCGUGCCUACAUGCUAUCGCUCCUAAUAGCUGGAUUCGUUUGCUGCCAUUCCUGCUGUUGCCUGCCUGCCUUGAUGUGUUGUUGUCGUCGUUGCUGAUCUUGAUUAGUGGUUUGAGUAUUCGAGUGAAAGAGUGCGUGUGGUGCGUGUUAUCUGUGCUGCUUUCCGCCGUGUGGACUGUUUUUUUUCCAAGUUGUCUCUUUCCAUGUGGCAACCUCUUUUUUUUUUCUGUCCAUGCUUGGCUUCUUGUCUCUGUCUUGUGCUGUGUGACACCGGGUGUGCGAUUGUUCUCUCUGUCUUGUGCUGUGUGACACCGGGUGUGCGAUUGUUCUCUCUGUCUGUCUCUCUCUCUCUCUAAGUGGUCGCUUUCACAGCCCCCCCCCUCUCUCUAUGUUGGUGAAACCGAGAUUAAACCGAGGUAUCGAAA